AUGACGGAUAAUGAGAGCUUAGUAUCACGCUCUAGUUCGACCUCCUCCACUUCAUCGAAGUGGGCCAAAAUGCAGAGCCAGCUGCAUACCCCGAUACCAUCAUCUUUAUCCGGCGAAUGCGCAAAGGCAGAGAAAAUUCUUAGGUCAUUCUUGUAUCCUAAGUCAAAAAAGGCUCAGGAUGAAGAUACAGAACUCGGCAUCCCACGCGCGAUUCUAUCACGCGCCAAGGGCUUAGCUGUCUUCACCGCCACAAAAGCAGGAAUCGUAGGCUCAUUUCGCUUCGGGUCGGGCCUCAUUGUUGUCCGUCUUGAAGACGGCACAUGGUCUGCACCGUCAGCCAUGUCAACGGGAGGAAUUGGAUUAGGCACCCAGCUAGGCUUCGAAAAAACGGACUUCGUCUUCGUUCUGAAUAGCGAGAAGGCAAUCAAGACCUUCACAAAAUCCGGAUCAGUUACGCUAGGCAAGAACCUCUCCGUCGCACUAGGGCCUUAUGGACGAAGUGCGGAAUUUAGCGGUGUGUUGAGUUCAAAAGGACUGGCAGGUAUGUUUGCCUACUCGAAAUCACGAGGCAUUUUCGGUGGCAAGUCAUGGGAAGGUGGGAUUAUUGGGGAGCGACCAGAGGCUAAUAAGAAGAUGUAUGGUAUAACCAUCUCCGCAAGUGAACUUUUGAGUGGCAAAGUUGAGCCACCACCAGAGGCUGGACCAUUGAUGGAGAUCCUAAAUUCAGAGAAGUUUCGAAUCCCUGAUUAUGAAAUCGAUGUAUCACCAAUAGCAUCGACAGAGCAGCUUGCUCGAGAUAAUCACGAAGGUGAUUCAAAGACUUAUCACGAGGAGCUCGCUAAGGAUAUCCAUCAGGAAGUUACUGGAUUUCCUGUUGAGCUAUCUGCUGAACCCAAAGCUCAAUAUAUUGCCGAACUACCCGCCAACACUCCCGCCGACAUGCCCUUUGAGUUGCCGGCUGAUGUUCCCAGUGAUUCUUCUAAGAAGACCGGGGAAACUUCAGCCGAGAACCCAGCCAGAUUUAAUGAACUAGAUGCGGGGCCUGUGAACGACGUUUUCGAGCUACCCGCUGAAGUCCCUUUCUUCCCCAACGAGCGACGGGCUGAUGAUGAUAUACCAAGCCCUAUCGAACGAGAUUCUCUCCAACCUCUUCCUCUGAGGAUACAAAAACGAGGAGGAACCAGCUAG